GGUUCUUGUGGGUUGUACUCUAUCUGUCAUCGACCAUAUCACUUUCGUCACCUUCACAGAUACAUUCGUUGCAAUCAUCCAUCUCACUUCCACAAAUUCCUCCAAAUUCUAACCAAACCCUUCACUACUCCAAAUUCCAAAACUUCUUCACACUCCUUCUUUUCCCUCUUCUGGUGCCCGAUCUUCUGCCUCCAAGAUUUUGGUAUUUGGGAUUGAUCACCUGGAGUUGGAAAUGGUUAAAAGGUUCACUUGUUUUGUGCCCGCUUAUGAUGACUUUAUGAGGGAUGAACUAAAUGGAAUGUCUAACUGAUUUGUUCUUGGAACAGUUAUGGAGUGUUCUGAUUUGCAAAAGAUAUCAUGUUGCGGUGCUUAGAGGGACUUAAGCCUUUAUUUGCUUCCAUAUUACGAUGUUGUGACCUGGAUAUAUAUAACCAGCCAAGAGGCCUUGAAGAUCCUGAACUUCUUGCUAGAGAGACUGUGUUCAGUGUAAGCGAAAUAGAAGCACUUUACGAGCUCUUCAAAAAGAUUAGCAGUGCUGUAAUCGACGAUGGGUUGAUUAACAAGGAAGAGUUUCAGUUGGCAUUGUUCAAGACAAAUAAAAAAGAAAGUCUGUUUGCUGAUCGGGUAUUUGAUUUAUUUGACACAAAGCACAAUGGGAUACUAGGUUUUGAAGAGUUUGCUCGUGCUCUCUCCGUUUUUCAUCCAAAUGCCCCUAUUGAUGAUAAGAUCGAAUUUUCCUUUCAACUAUAUGAUCUCAAGCAGCAGGGUUUUAUUGAAAGACAAGAGGUGAAGCAAAUGGUAGUUGCUACUCUUGCUGAAUCUGGCAUGAACCUAUCAGAUGACGUUAUAGAAAGUAUAAUUGACAAGACCUUCGAGGAAGCAGAUACAAAGCAUGAUGGCAAAAUUGACAAGGAAGAGUGGAGAAACCUUGUUUUGCGCCAUCCGUCACUUUUGAAGAACAUGACCCUUCAAUACCUCAAGGACAUCACCACAACAUUCCCGAGCUUUGUAUUUCAUUCACAAGUAGACGAUACUUGAAGAUAAUUUCUCCCAUGGCUUCUUCCUUUGGGCUGCAUGGCCACUUUUGUACAAAAAAGGGCAUGGCAGACAGCCUUGCUUUUACCUUACAUUUGUUAUAUCUUUGAAUAAUGUAUUUUGUUUUGUGGAUUCUUUUGCUGGGAUUUUACUUUCAUUUUUUCUUCAAACUUCUAGACACAUUUGGUUCCCAUUUUUCAAAUUUCAAAAGCAAGAUUCCAAGGUUGUGUAGAGUUUGUUUUAAAUUAUGAGUAUGUCAUGACCUCAGAAUAUUUUGAAAUUCUUUAUGGUCAAAACUUGUCUACCGCAUGUAAAUAACUUCUUUGCCUUUGUUUCAAUAUGAUUGUAGUCCUUAAAA